CGUCUGUUAUUUAGCCACUCAAGUUUUUUUUCUAGAUAGAUUUCUUGUAAAUCCUCCAUAAUUAGAUUUUUUGUGUGUCCUAUAACCCGAUACUUGGACAAGAAUUAAAAGAACUUUAAAUAAUAACAAGUUAAAGAAACAAUCUAAGAUAAAGAGGUGGAAAUAGCUCAAGAGAGAAAGUAUUUUCCAUCUAAAACAAGAAGAAAUUAUUUAAUUUUGCUAUGCUGAGAGUUCAGAUCAAUAUAAUUUAAUUAAUUCGAAUAAUAUUAAUAAGUACUUUUUUCGUGAAGACGACAAUGAAGAAUGAACUGUCUACCGUCAUCAUGACGAUUUCAAAAAUAGACAACUUGAAAGCUGGACCGUCUAAUGUAAAGGUGCUGUGAUACAAGAAAUUAUGAUUGUCGAUAUUAUUUUGAUUAUUAAUUAGACUUUAGUUAUACAAAGCGAACAUGCUUUUAAAGUAUGGAUUCUUAUUGCUGCUUGCAUGCAUAGGAUGUGUUCUGUUAUUUAUUACUUUCGUAGAGAAAGGUUUAGGGUCACAGAAUCCAAAGAUAAAUCUAUUGCAACUUCAAACGAUAUACGAGGUGACGGGCAGAUCACUAGGAGUUUCUAGAAUUAUAAUCAAACCACCGUGCAAUGCUACUUUUCUUAUAUGGAUUGUCACGUCUUAUGCUGGUGAACCUUCAGCGAGAAGUGCUUUACGACGAGCUUAUACAAAUGAAGAGCUGCAGGCUUUAGGGAUUAGAAGAGUAUUCCUACUUGGCACAUUAAACGAUGACGCUGAAAAGAAGACACACGUGCUGCAGAAUGCAUUAUUAGACGAGUCGCGACGGUUCAAUGACAUACUUCAAGGGGACUUCCUGGACACUUACAGAAACUUAACUCGCAAGCACCUGAUGGGUCUUCAGUGGGCAGCAAACAAUUGUAAAGACGUUAAAUAUAUUAUGAAAAUGGACGAUGACAUUGUUGUAAAUAUAUAUGGCAUACUGGAGAAGUUGUGCUCAGGUACAAUACAAGAGAAUUCUUUGACCGGUUAUGUCAUGAAGAAUAUGAUCCCUGUUCGAGAACCAGCCAGUAAAUGGUACGUGAGUAAGGCGGAAUAUGCGGGUAGCAUUUAUCCCGACUUCGUCUCUGGCUGGCUGUAUCUUGUGCAUCCCCAAGUGGCAAGUCGAUUGAUGGAUCACGCGGAGUCUUCCCGUAAAUACUUUUGGAUUGACGAUGUGUUCGUCACCGGCAUCUUGAGACAAGCUCUAAAUAUAAAAAUUCAAAACAUAAGUGAGUUAUACACUACAGACUAUCGAUACUUGGAGUGUUGCAUAAAGGGUAGAGCAAAUCUGCUAAAAUGCGAAUUCUUGGUCGGUCCUAACGGCGGCGAUGCCGAGCUGCAAGUGAGAUUCAAGGAAUUUGCCAAGUUCUGCCAUGCAAAUUGUACCAUCCGCAAGGAGAAUAAUCUCGUCGGCAACACCUGCGUGGUGGCGUAUAGAGAACCAAGUCUGUACAAAGGCGCCGCGCAGAUAAGUCCAGUCAGAAUUUUAUAAAAGAACGAUAGGUCGAUAGGUAGACCAAUGAGAUUAUAACACCUCAUAUAUAAUUUUAUUAUAGAGAAUAUUUUCUAUUUAUUAAAAUUAAUUGUAUAUAAAAUUUGUACACAUAUUUUACAUUUUACUAUUACAUAAAGUUUCAUAAAA